AUGGCCGCUGUUCGCUUGCAGGCCUCAUCAUCAGUUGGGCGCACCAACGUUCACUACACGUUUCACGCUACAUCGUGCUUGGAUCCGUGUAGGAAAAGGAAGCUCCGCUCUGACUUGGCGAAAUGUGUUAUUUGCAUUCGCUCUCGAGCUCGGCCGUCCAACCAAGUGAUGGCUCCUCUCCCAGUAGCGCGUGUCACUCCUAGCCGGCCCUUUUCAAAGACCGGAUUAGAUUAUGUGGUACCCUUCCAAAUACUAUCUGCUAAGGGCAGAGGCAUUCGUUCAACCAAAGGCUACAUAGUUGUCUUGGUAUGCUUCGCUACCAAAAUGCUGCAUCUCGAACUCGUUGGCGACAUGACAACCGACAGCUUGAUGGGUGCUUUAACGAGAUUAUUCAGUCGCAGAGGCAAGCCCUCUGAGAUGUGGAGCGACAACGGCACGUAUUUCCAUCGGGCCGAUUUCGAGUUACGGGUGGCUUUCGAAUCUGCGCAGCUGGAUUGGACAGGUCUAUCUGGAUCACUGGCGAUACAAGGGGUAACAUGGCACUUUAUCCCCCCAGAAGCUUCCUCACUUUGGAGGCAUCUGGGAAGCCGAGGUCAAGCUGGUUAA